AUGAGUAUAUCAAGCGAUGGAGACUAUACUGAGAUGGAAGUUGAGGAAGAUGGAAUGUGGAAAAAAGUUAGACGCAAAACAAAAGACAAAUUACACAAUAUUCCAAAAAGACUUAAUCAACUAACAAAAGAAAUUGAUGAUAUUAUUGGCACAAGCUCCCAGACUACAAAUACCAAAAAUCCCACCUACAAAAACUUAUCAGAUACAAACAGAAAUCCUCAACCACACAAAAACAGUUAUACCAACAAAAACAAUUUUAAUAAAAACUACUCACCAGUAAUGAACACAAUAGUCAACAAAAAGUAUGAUAAUAUGUUUUAUUUAGAAGCAGAAAGUUCAUGCACUAGAAUGAAUAUUAGUACAGGGUGGAACCAAAUUUUUCCUAACGCUGAUGAUAUUAUAAUAAAAAUUGUUUUAAAAACAAAUACCAACAAAGAUGAAAUAAUGGGAGUCCUUGACAGAUAUGUUGAAAAUGGCAAGAUUCUAAGCUAUAAAGAAAGCAACCCUAACACAAAACCUCCUACUUCUUCACCACUCCCCUCUUACUCUGUUAUAAUCGCCAGGAUAGAGCAGGAAAUAGACGAAAAUUCAAUUAGCAGACACCUCACAAAUCUUAAUCUAGAACAUAGAUACUGCAAAAGAAUAAUAGCCAGAAGCAAUGCAGAACCCACAAUAAUGAUAAGGAUCAUUACAGGAUCACAGACCACCUCUGAAAUUCUUCUAUCUCAUGGCCUACAUUAUCAUUAUCAACACUAUCCAGUCUAUCCUAGCAAAGCUCCAGAGCCUGUACCACAACCAUGUAGCAAAUGGCAAGAAUAUACCCAUACAACAGAGAAUUGUAAAAAUACACAAAUUUGACCAAAAUGCCUUGGAAAUCACCCAAUAAAUAAAUGCACUUCAACACUCCCACCCAAAUGUCGAAGUUGCGCAGAAGAAGAUCACCAGGCGUGGUCUUACAAAUGCCCUAAACGACCAACAAAACCCAUUGAUGGUAUUCCAAAUGUCUCAAUCAAAUCUUUGAACAAGAAGUCAAGAGAAAUUAAUCCAGAACUUAAGAAAAACCGCAUACAUGAACCAAUUACUGUACACGACCAUGUCAUUAACACAUACAUUAAUAAGCUGAAUGACCCUGUAGAACACAACAGAGAUGAACUAUUACUAAAACUCAGAAAAAGAUUUGUAAACAACUACAACA